UACCGCCUUAGACUAUAAAAGCCUGCGUCCACUGACCAAGAGAGAAGAAGAAGAGGAACCAAAGUCGGCUCUACUCCACGACACAAACAAACAGAAGCAGGAGAUCUGAGCAGAUCUGUGCUCCUCCGACCCAGACCGACUCCGCUCGUCCACUCACUUUCAGGAAAAAGUGAAAAAUGCUGUGGAGAUUGACUCUUGCCGUGGCCGUGGUGUGUGUCGUUGGCAUGUGCAGCUGUGUGAAGGCUGAUGUCAUGAGCAGACUGAUCGUACCGAGGGACUACGGGGUGAAACUGUGCGGGAGAGAGUUCAUCAGAGCCGUCAUUUACACCUGCGGAGGCUCCCGCUGGAAACGAGCCGCAGGGGGGGACUCAGAAUCUUUCCAGUGGAGUUCUCUCAGCGACGACACAGCGGGUGACAGCCUGCACAGCUGGCUAAGUGGCGCCGAGCUCACAGAAAACCGCUCUCCUCCCCAGAUCGUCUCCUCCCACUCCCUGGCGGACCUCCUGGCUCUGUACGUGGCCACAGGAGAGCGACAGCAGCAGCAGCCACUGGAGAGAUCCCUGCCAUCCACAUUUUUAGGUGAGCAAGAUGGGAUUCCAGGGGCGGACGACUGGAGAAUGGUGAGCAAGAAGAAGAGGAACUUUUCUGCGGGUGUGGCGGGGAUGUGCUGUAGUCAGGGCUGCACCAAGAAUGAUAUCGGAAGAUUGUGCUGAGGAGGGAGGGAGGGGUGACAUGAAGAUGGUGUGACGGACAGUGACAGACAGAUUGUGGAAACAUGGAGGAGAGCAAGUGCACAUGUAUUUAUUCUCAGUCAUGUCUUAUUGCAAAAAUCCCUCUGUCGUCAUAUUUGAUUUAUUCUCCAUAUUUUGUCCCAGAGAUCCUGUUCUGUGAACGUUCAGCAUUAUUUACAAUAAAAUUGAAAUACCAUAGGAAAUAUUGAGCAG